CGAUUUAGACCACCACUUCCGGUGUCGGUGCAGCCAGCACGCGUGCGCCACCGAUCUGCACCUUUUAUCGUUUUGCCGAAACCGGACCGGAUUUGGAACCACCUGGAGGACCGGACCUGCAGCAGCCAUGGGGCCGCCUCGCUCAAAGAAACGCCGCCCGACAUUUCGGCGCCUGUUGAAGACGAGCGGUGUGAAGCUGGAGAACAAGAUGAAGAACCGGGAAAUGAAGCAGCAGAACGUCGCCAAGAAGCAGCGCAAAGAGCAGAAGAGGCUGCGGCAGGCGGUGAAGGGCGUGUCCAUCCAGACGCCCCGCCCCUUGGAGACGUACAGGAAGAGACCUGAGGAGGAAGAGGAGGAUGAGGAGUUCCUGGAGAGCCUUCCCACUGACAUGAUGGAGGAAGACGACCUGCAGCAGAUGACCGUCAUGGCUCGCCAAGCGUCCUUCGUCACCAGAGACCUGUCGUCAAGCGAGCCGGUGCACGGCGCCAAGAAGAGGAAGUCCGACGUGGUGCGUGGCUACGAGAAGGUUCCCAGGAAGAUGGCGAGGACGGAGGAGAAGGAGGUCAUCCACCUCCUGCCCAUCAAAGACCGCAGCGGCGUGAUCCCUCAGAGCGUGGAGAAAGUUAGAAACCAGCCAGAGGAGGAAGAGGAGGAGGAAGAGGAGGCUGCAGACCAGCAACCGGAGCAGGAGGAGGAGGAAGAGGAGGAGGCUGAGGGGGCGGCGGUGAGCUGCAUCUCACUGACGGCGGAAGAGAGGCGGCGGCUCCGAGAGCAGAAGCUGAACCAGAAGAAGAAGAUCAUCGCCGGUCUGGGAGCCGCCAUCAUCUCAGACCCUUUCUCCAACAUGAAGCGCGUGAAAGAGCUGCGGGGGAUGAUGAUGGAGGUCGACCCCAGCGUGGCGGUGUCGGUCAGGAAGCUGGUCAUGGUUUCUCUCAUGGAGAUAUUCAAGGACAUCACGCCGUCGUACCGGAUCCGGCCCCUGACCGCCGCGGAGAAGGCCGUCAAGGUGAAGAGGGAGACGCAGCUCCUGCGGGAGUUUGAGGAGGGUUUGGUGAGUCAGUACAAGUUCUACCUGGAGGAUCUGGAGCAGAUCAUCAAAGACUGGAAGCAGAAGAGGAGGAAGCGCAGCGGCGCCGUGGGCCUGCACUCCUACCGCGGCCUGGCUCAGGUGGCCGUGCGCUGCCUGUGCGAGCUGCUGGUCGCUCUGCCGCACUUCAACUUCCACAACAACAUCAUCGUGGUCAUCGUGCCGCUUAUGAACGAGCCGGCGAGGAAGGUGUCGGAGCUGUGCUGCGACGCCAUCGGGAGGCUUUUCCAGCAGGACAAAGUGGGCGGGGCCUCGUUGGCCACCGUACGAGUGAUCUCCGGCCUCGUGAAGAGUCUCAACUACAACGUCAGACCCGAGGUGCUGCGGACCCUGCUGAGUCUGAGGAUCAAGGAGGUGGAGGUGAAGAAGGACCUGGAGUCCACGGCGCCCAAGAAGAAGUUCAUGACAAACAAAGAGAGGAAGAAGAACCUCUCCAGGAUGCAGAGGAAGUGGAAGAAGGCGGAGGAGAAGCUGGAGAAGGAGCUGCUGGAGGCUGAAGCCACGGAGAGCAAACAGCAGAAGAUCAAACUGCACACGGAGACCCUGAACAUCGUCUUCCUGGUUUACUUCCGGAUUCUGAAGAAAGCUCAGAAAUCUGUUCUCCUUCCUGCAGUCCUGGAGGGCCUGGCAAACUUUGCUCACCUGAUCAACAUGGAGUUCUUCGAUGACUUGCUGAAUGUGCUGCAGACUCUCAUCCAAUCAGGGGAUCUGACCAAUCGGGAGAGUCUCCACUGCAUCCAGACCGUCUUCACCAUCCUGUCAGGACAGGGUGACGUCCUGAACAUCGACCCGCUCAAGUUUUACUCUCAGGUGUACAAGAUGCUCCCGCAGCUCAACGCAGGGGCGCACAACGAUGAUGUCAUCAUCGUGCUGCGGUGCCUGGACUCCAUGCUGAUUCGCCGCAGGAAGGCGGUGACCCUGCAGAGGGCCAUGGCUUUCGUCAAGCGACUGAGCAUGCUCAGUCUGCACGUCCUUCCCAACGCCAGCGUGGGAAUCCUCGCCAUGAACAGAGCUGUCAUGCAGGCGUUCCCGAAGUGCGACUUCCUGUUGGACAACGAGGUUCAGGGCAGCGGCUUUUACCUGCCGGAGGUGGGCGAGCCGGAACACUGCAACGCCCAGAACACGGCGCUGUGGGAGCUGCACCUGGUGCAGAGACAUUACCACUCGGUGGUUCGGCGCUUCGCCGCCCAUCUGACUCGUGGAGCGCCCAGCGACGGCUCAGCGGCGCUCAGCCCAGACCUGAGCCGCAGGUCUCCACCUGAGCUCUUUGAGGACUACAGCAUAAAAGACAUGACCUUUAACCCCCCGGUUUCUGCUCCCAACCCUAAGAAGAAGGACUCGUUUGUGGUCGGCGCGGCGCUGAUGGAUGACGAACUGCAGCGCCGGGUGGACGCUGCCCUGGCGGCUCCUGACGACGUACAGCUGGACUUUGCUGCCGCUUUAACGGACGCUCAGACACACUGACACACACCUCCACCUUCACACCCCCCCCCCUCCUCCAGCUGAAAACCAUCAAGACAUCAAAGGAACUUUCAAAAUAAAAGCCUGGCUUCACAUUUGUACAGCAGUGUUCCUGUAAAAUAUGCAUUUUUAAAGACUUUUCCAUCAGAA